AGCCAACUCCAAAAUCAUAUCGUUGCAAACUCGAAUUUGUCAAAACCUCCCACGACAAUGGCGGAACCUUCCCUCGCCGAUCUAACCCACCACCUUCCUCUGCAACUAAUCAAAUCAGAGACGAUUCCACCUUCUCCAAAUAUCUCGGAAUCCGGAUCUUCCGCCGUCGAUUGGUUGCCGGACUUUGCCGGAUACUCAUGGAUUGCUUACGGAGCUACCUCUCUCCUAGUUAUCUCUCACUUCCCUUCCCCUCUCUCCCCGCACCAGUCUCGCAUUGGCCCUAUCUUCCGCCAAGUCUUCGAACUCCUCCCUUCCUCCGAUGUAGUCUCCGCUGUAUGGUCGCCGGCGAUUCCUUCUUCCGGCGAUCUCGCUGCCGCCGCUGAUAAUCGCAUUUUUCUCUUUCAGUAUGAUCCUUCUCCAGGUUCUUUUUGUUGGAGCCAGACUGCUAUGCUGGUGCAAUCUACCAAGGUUCAGGCCAUGGUGUGGACGGGCUCCGGAGAUGGGAUAAUAUCAGUGGGAAAAGAAGUAGUUUUAUGGAAAAGAAACAUCAAAUCUUGGGAAAUAGCAUGGAAGUUCAGAGUGAAAGUCCCUCAAACUUUGGUUUCAACGACUUGGUCCCUUGAAGGACCUUCAGCAUCUGGUGUAUAUCCUACUAAUUUCCGUGCUGAAGGAUUAGCUACUGUACCCUGUAAGGAGAGUGUUCAUGUAACUGUAUUCCAGUACGAUGGGAAAUCUGGAUAUGUUGCUACUGAAUUACAGCAUCCUCAACCUGUUUUGGCAAUACAGUGGAGACCUUGUGGAGGACGCCAACUAAAUGGAGAUGUUCUUUAUGCACGAAGGCAUGUUCUGCUAACGAGCUGCUUAGACGGGGCUGUCAGGUUGUGGUGUGAGAUUGAUGACAGCAGGAGGAAAGGGAGUAAGGAUAACCGUGAAACAUCAACUCCUGGACGAUAUUUUUGUGUGGUUGCCGUCAUUGAAAUUAAUCAGUCGCUGGGUGGUACUCUGGGAAAAGAUAAUUUUUUAGAUUGGGCUCUGGAAUUAGGCGGCAUAGUUUCUGUCGGAGAUGGACUUAACCAAGUUUUCACUAAUGAGAGAUGCCAAAAUGAUGAGGUAGGCAGUUGUGAAUGGUUGAUUGCGAUUGGUCCUGGGCAGCUCACGUUCUGGGCUGUGCACUGCCUUGAUGACAUAGCUACAAUGCGGUCUCCACGGGUGACAUUAUGGAAGAGACAGAAAGUAACAGAGCCUGAUAUGAAAAUCUCCUGUAGAAACAAUGGUCCAAGGUGUUAUGGAGGAUCUUAUUUUAAUAAAGUUGUUAUUUCGAGGAAUCGACUCUUUGGUCCACCAGCCAUAUGUUCGUUAAUUCAAUGGUUUCCUUGUAACUCCUUGAUCUGGUCAGUGUUAUAUAAUCAAUCAUUAGAUGUGGAAGGGAAAUCUUCUCUAAUAUGUGAACCAGAUAACAACUUGUCUUGUCAGUCAGGAAGAAUAUUGGAUACUCUUGGCCACACUGGUAAAAUUUUACAAGUUGCUGUUCAUCCUUUUAUGCAUGAAGUUGAGCUUGCUGUUUCCUUGGAUUCUAACGGGUUACUUAUAUUUUGGUCAAUAUCCAACAGUUCUUAUAGCCUUUCGGGUCUGCCAACAUUUACUCCUCCAUGGCAAUUUAUAGGGAAGCUUAUCCUGCAGUAUACCAUAACUCAGGAUACAAGCUUGUAUUGGGCUCCUUCGUGGCUGGAAGAAGACCAAAUUCUUCUCAUUGGACAUGAUCAAGGAAUAGAUUGCCUUGUUGUUAAAACUCUCUUAACUGAAGAAGACAAGAUACUAUGCCAUAAACUUUGCACUAUUCCUUUCGUCGGGAAUGGUCACUUAGAUGCGCCUGACAAGAUAGUCUCAGUUCCCUUACAUUCCCCUCAUAAAGAGAAUAUCAAAUCCAAUAGUUUCGUUCUUAUGGGGGUAUGGAUGAAAAGUUGUGAUAUUCAAUCAUGGAAAGUGACCUUGCAUUCCUACGAGCAAUCUGAAAGCGUCCACCUGUACAACGAUGACACUGGAAAUAAUGCUGAAUGCAGCCCAUGUAUUUAUAAAACUGACUUUGCUGGUAAAACAUUUUGCGUGGCUGUAAAUCCGUGCUCAUCGUAUUUGUCAGAUGUUCAUGACGAAGUUACAAGUGUCUCUGUGGUGUCCCGUAGUACACCGAUGCAUUCUCUGCAGAACAAGGUGGUAAAUGAUAUUAGUCUGAACAAUUUUCCAUAUCACAUGGCCACAGGACACUCUGAUGGUAGGUCAAGACUCUGGAGGAUUAACCUAUCUGAAUUAUCAGUUGGUCGCACUCCUUUUGAGCUUGUAGGUAUAUUUAGUUCCCUUCAAAGCCCUGUUAUUGCAAUAUCUGUAGCUGAUGGGGGUCAGAAGAUUGCUACCGUAUGUUCAGACGCUCUUUCAAAUAAUGUGAACAUGCUUUAUAUAUGGGGACCUCUGCAUCUUACAGGUGCUGGGACUCUGGAAUUGGAAGACAAGAUAUGCCUGAAUGGAGAAGUUGUGGCUUUCAAUUGGUUUCUAAUUGAAAACAUAUUAUUUCUAGGGGUCUGUUUCCAGAAUGAGCUGCACAUUUAUUCCCAAAGAGUUUGUAGUGUUCAGACUUCAGUGGACCUGGAGAAUUUGCCAGAAUCGUCCACCUGGAUUUGCAUUGGUGUUGUGCGUACUUCACCUUCUAUCUACGACUUUGUUCUAGGGCCAAGGGGCACACUUGUAAUCAUUCAUGAAAAGUACUUUACUCUCUUCAGUCCCUGGUCGUUCUUUACAGGUAACGAGCAUCUGACUGAUAGAAAGAAAAAUGGGAUGGAUAAUUAUAGUCCUGCAUACUCUGUGGGUAAAAUUCAUGUGUUUGAAGAGUUGUCUUCUGAAAAAAGCAGCGAGGGGGACAACUUUUGCCCUCCUACUACAAAGGCACAUAGUGAUGUACAUAGCUUUCUGAUUGGUGAUGGUACUCAACGAAUUCCUAUCUCACCGAACAAGAACUAUUUCUUGAAGAUGACAGUAGUUGCUGAAAAGUUGUGUGGUCCUCUGGCUUUCUAUCACCCUGAAGCACUAUUGACGAAUAUAUAUACAGGCAACUGGAGACGUGCAUAUGCAGCUGUUUGUCAUCUUUUUGAGUGUUUAACCUCUAAUUCUAAAGUUGACCAAAGAGUUUCUCUUCCGAAGUCUAGUAUCAUUAUUAAGCAGAUCAAACUCUCAAAGUAUUUUGAAGGACAGUCAUCAAAAGAAGGUGCUAGUCAAGGACUUCAGUGGAGCAACGAUUUCGAUACAAACUCUUGGUCUCAACAUUCAGAUGGAAGGCUGAUGCAUUUUGCGAAUAAUUCUGCGAGUAAUGCUAUCAACUGUGUGCCCGCUACAUCUGCCACAAGUUAUGAGUCAAAUGGAUUCCAUGAACUGCUGGAGAAAUUGUGCACUCAUCAAGCUGUCACGAAUUCACAGAAGAUGCAGAUGCUUGCAAUCAUAGACCUUUUGAAUGAAAUUAGCAAUUCACAAUCGACCUCUGCAUAUGGAAGCCUUGAUGACGCAGGAAAAAGGUUUUGGUGUGGAAUAAGGCUUCAGCAAUUGGAUUUUCUUAGGAAAUACCGUAGAAUUCCAUCAAUUGAAGAGUUAGUUGUUGACUCUAGGCUGAUGGUUUGUGCCUUCCAUUCUGAUUGUCAAGCGAUCUUAUUUAGUACUAUUCUACCGACUGAGCCGUCUUGGGGAGAUAUGCGGAAGUUGGGUGUUGGCUUUUGGUUUACAAACCUAUCAGAUUUACGCAGCAAGAUGGAGAAGUUGGCUAGACGUCAGUAUCUGAAAAAUAAAGAUCCAAAGGCGUGUGCACUUCUAUACAUAGCAUUAAAUAGACUUCAAGUCUUGGCUGGCCUCUUCAAGAUCAGUAAGGAUGAGAAGGACAAGCCCCUAGUUGCUUUUCUAUCUCGCAAUUUCCAGGAAGAGAGACAUAGGGCUGCUGCUUCAAAAAAUGCUUAUGUGUUAAUGGGGAAACAUCAAUAUGAGUUGGCAAUUGCUUUCUUUUUGCUUGGAGGUGAUACUAUUUCUGCCAUCACUGUUUGUGCUAAGACUCUCGGUGAUGAACAACUUGCUCUUGUAAUUUGUCGGCUCAUUGAGGGUCAGGGUGGAGCAUCAGAGCGCCACCUAAUAUUUAAGAUUUUACUUCCUUCUGCUGUUGAGAAAGGCGACUACUGGCUUGCGAGUGUGCUGGAGUGGGAAAUCGGUAAUUACCUUCAAUCGUUUCUGACUGUUCUUGGUUUGCAAGGAGAUUCUUAUGCCACUGAAUCUGAGAAAUCUUUUAGACCUGCCGCUUUUCUUGACCCUAGUAUUGGGCAGUACUGUCAAAUGUUGACAGCCAAGAAUAGCUUGAAAAAUGCUGUUGGGGAACAGAACACCGCUAUUUUGUGUCGUUGGGCUGUAGUGAUGAUUGCUUCUGCAUUUAACAAACAUGGCCUUCCACUUGAAGCUUUGGAGUGCCUAUCAUCAUCUUCCAUCAUUCUUGGAGUUCUGGAUAAGAGAACAAAUGAUGUAGAUUCUGAAAUGCUUCCCAGAAUAAUGCUUCCAUCUCCAGCUAAUUCUUUUAGGUGGCUGUCACAUGAGGUAGCCUGUCAUUUGGCUUACCAAACCAAAUUAGAUCUAGCGCUGCAGUAUGCCAUCAAAAUUUUUGAGGAGCAUCCGUGUUGUCUUGUCACUAGUUCGGUGUUAUCAAAAGCUGGUGCUGUUGAGGCUAGCUCUCCGGAGCACGAGAUAAGUCAAUAUGGUGCUCUUCUUGAAAAUUUUGAACAGUUGUUGGAUUCCGAACUUGCAUAUCUAGAGCAGAAGUUUUCUGUGGAGCGGGAUGUACUGCUUGAUAAGAUUUUUGUUUCUUUAGACAAUGAUAAGCUGUUGCUCAGCGGCUAUCAUGGUUUUGCUUCUCAAGUUCAUUUGCUUCCAAAAAGCCAUGGUGACUGUACUUCACCCCGGCUGCUCAAAAAGUUUAUAAAUGUGACCGAACAUUUGUCUUAUUCACUUUCAAGGUUUGUUAUUGCUAGCAGCAUAGCCAGUUCCUGGACGUUGGCUUCAACCGAGCAGAGUUUGACUGUCGGCAAACCAUAUUGCUGCUUCCAAUUUUUGGAAUUUUACGUGCAGGGUAUUUUAUUAACAAUCUCCAACCUAGAAGCUGCUAUAAUGAAGCUUUGUAGUGGUAGUUCUAGAGAUUUUGUUGGGAAGUGCAUUAUUGCUUUUGAUUUAUGCAAGUAUUGUAUAUAUUUCGCUUCAGCAAUGCUUCAACAUAACCUGAAAGCACUUGAUAUACUGUUGCAACCUGUCUCGGUGCCAUGCCCUGAUGGAAAAUAUGAAGAUAUUGACAUUGUAAGCUUGAGGACAAUACUUGGACAGGUUGUCGAGGCACUCAGUCUUAAAUCACCAGACCUUAAUGCUCUACUGGAUCCUCAAGGAUUGCAGCAGAAAAAGGAAGGGGACACAGCGUCUAUGAUUCCAGAAGAUGAGAAAUGGAUAAUUCUUAGGUUGUGUUUGUGGCAACAUCUGUUUAAGUUCAUCAAAUUCCAGCUGAAUCAGUUAUUCAGUGAACUAUCUUGUGACAAUGCAGCUAAUACUUCUGUCUCAGAUCCUAGUUUAUCUCUUACCCCUGAUAGUAAUGGUUCCCUGAAACAUGUUAGACAGGCCUUAAUUGUCUUUAUUGAAACGAUAGGAAACACCUUCACUCAUAUACCACCUCAUACUGCAAGGCAGCUCGCCAUUUUUCUACAGCAGAAGGCAGAGGGUGGAACCUCUCAGCCUAUUCUAAUGUGGUUGGAGGAACUUACCCAAUCUACUCCUAGUGUGCUUCUUGAGGAUCAGAAUGGAGGUUCUGGUUCUUCAGAAACUUCUGAUAAAGAAAAUUCAUCUUCAUGCUCAAAGUUACUAACGAUCUGCAAUUGUCCUGAAACGGUCUCUGAAAUGCUUGCUCAAUUACCAAUUAAGUUGUCAGAGCUUAUUCACACAAACGCUGGUAAAGGGUGGAACCAUUUGCACAUGGGUGUUCUGGGAGAGCAUGAAAAACUGGAAAGUUAUAAGCAAGAAGGUAUAUUUGAAAGCAGUCCUCGUAGUAAUAGAAGUAAAAGCCCUUCUACAGGUUCUGAACAGAGUCAUAACCUUCUGGAUUCUGAUAGGAAGGGGGCAGCUCUCACAAAGAAGUUAGUUCCUUUCAGCAAUCCUAAAGAAAUUUACAGGCAGAAUGGAGAACUGUUGGAGGCGUUUUGUAUUAAUUCCAUAGAGCAACAGCAGGCUGCACUUGCAAGCAACAAAAAGGGAAUAAGUUUCUUUAGUUGGGGUGAUGGGUUGCCUUGCAGAGAUCCAUCAGACUUUGUCUGGGCACAAGCUGAUUGGCCACAGAAUGGUUGGGCUGGUGCCGAAUCUACUCCAGUUCCUACAUUUGUUUCUCCUGGUGUUGGUCUUGGAAGUGAUAAAAGCUCACAGGUUGGAUUGGGUGGAGUUAAAAGUGGUGUUGGUUCUCAAGCAAGAUUUGGAAGCGACUUGACUGGUGGUGGAGCAUUUGGAAUCCCGGGUUAUGCUGGCAUUGGCGCCACUGGCAUGGGCUGGGGAAUUCAAGACGAACUCGACAAAUGUGUUGAUCCUCCAGCUACAUUGAAUAAUGUAAAUGGAAGUGCUUUAGCUGCUCAUCCUUCAAGGCCUUUCUUUCUAGUUGGGUCUAGUAACACCCACAUUUACCUAUGGGAGUUUGGUGAAGAGAAAGCUACUGCAACUUAUGGAGUACUAGCUGAAGCUAAUAUACCUCCUCCAUAUGCUCUUCCUUCGGUUACUAGUUUGCAGUUUGAUCGCUGUGGCCAAAGAUUUGCCAGCAGUGCAUCAGAUGGAACUGUGUCCGCCUGGCAACUGGAGGUGGGAGGAAGGAGCAAUGUCAGACCAACAGAGUCAUCUCUCUGCUUUAAUGGCCAUGUUUCGGAUGUCUGUUAUGUGGGAACAAGUGGGUCAAUUAUUGCUGCUUCUGGUUACAGUUCAAACAGUGUUAAUGUGGUUAUAUGGGAUACGCUAGCUCCCCCAUCGAGCUCCCGAGCUUCUGUGAUGUGCCAUGAAGGUGGUGCCUGUUCCAUUGCUGUGUUUGAUAAUGAUGUGGGAACUGGUUCUGUUUCUCCUCUAAUUGUUACCGGUGGAAAAGGCGGUGACGUCGGACUUCAUGAUUUCCGGUAUAUAGCAACAGGAAAAACCAAAAGACACAAACAUUUGAACAGUAUUGAGAGGAUCACUGAUACAGCUGCUAUUGGUAUACGAUCUGAGCUCUCCUCAAGUGUAGGAGAUCAGAAUCGACAUGGAAUGCUAUGGUAUAUACCAAAGGCUCACUCAGGGAGUAUUACUAAGAUUGCAACAAUUCCAAACACAAGUUUGUUCUUGACUGGAAGCAAGGAUGGAGACGUCAAACUUUGGGAUGCUAACAGAGCAAGCUUGAUCUUUCAUUGGCCAAGAUUGCACGAGAGACAUACUUUUCUCCAGCGUAGUACCCAAAGCUUUGGGGGAGUCACUAGGGUUGGUGUCACAGAUAUUCAAGUCAUUUCUGAUGGGUUUCUUACCUGUGGAGGCGAUGGUUCAGUAAAACUGGUCCAGUUAAACAAUUUUCUAUUUUGAAAUACGGAGUAUCUAAUCUAUACAGCAUAUAGGAAGCUACUCGCGGGAGGUCAGUAAAACUGAUCUAGUUAAAGAAUUUUUAUACUGUGAAAUGCCGAUUAUCUAUAGUCUGAGCUUUAAGGAAGCUACUCGCAGGCCAAAGUCUGGUGUUGCAGUGUGAAUCCUUUGUGCUCUCUCUCUCUCUCUUCCUGCAAUUGCUCAAGUGUAUAGAGGAUUUUGCUCAGGAUCAUAAUACACAUCUUGGUAUCCCACCUUGAAGGAACUGCAGAAAACUUUCUUCAACCACAGUGCAGAUUUUCACACAGGAUCUAAUCUGAACAACUGUAAAUUGUUAAACUUCAAAACUGUUCAAGGAUGCUUCGGUGCCGUCUCCUUGUGUUAUCGAGAAUCUAAUGUACCUGAUUUUAAGCCCCUAAUAAAGGUGUGCUGAGAGAAAUAGAUGAUGGGCAACAAUUUGUUCCCUAAUAUGUUGUACAAUCUAGCUCAUAGGCUGUCUAGAGUACGUUUUGUAGGUUUAGUCUGUGGUUACUGGUUAACAUUUGUAAAUUUGUAACAUUAGUGUUGUAAAAUGGAAUAUUUAUAUACACAAUCAUGGCUUCUGUAAUUGUACUUGAACGAUAAAUGUGAGAGAAAGUUGUGUUCACAUCAAAGAA